AAUUUGAUUAAUGCUAUGAUUUACGUAAGUCAUUAGGUUGAUGUGAAUCAUUAUCAAUAAGUUCAGUACAUUGAAGGUACCGUAUAGCGAAAGCUCUCAGUUUCAAAGAAAAAAAAGAUUUUUAAAUGUAAAAAGAAGAAAAAUUAAUCAUAAAGACAACAAUAGAAAAAAUGGUCCCAAAGACAUGUGAUAUAAAAUCCAAUGAUGAAUGCACUUUAACGACAAUAAAUAAUUCCUUAGAGGAAAAAUCUCCAAAAUAUUUUAAAACAAAAUUAAAAUGGGACAUGAUAAUCUCUAUUUUUGUUCUCCAUGCCAUUGUAUUGUAUGUUCUUUUAACUUGUCCAUAUUCGAAGAAAUUAAAAUCAUUUUUUUUUUCACAUUUUAUGACACACUUGGUUGGUUUUGGAGUAACUUGUGGUGCACAUCGUUUAUGGACCCAUCAAUCUUAUAAAGCUAAAUGGCCACUUCGAUUGAUUCUCCUUUAUUGUUUCUACUCGUCUGGACAAAAUUCAGUAUACAAUUGGGUGAGAGAUCAUCGCGUUCAUCAUAAAUAUACAGAAACAGACGCGGAUCCACAUAAUAGUAAGCGGGGAUUUUUCUUUGCACACGUUGGUUGGCUUAUGAUGCACAAACAUCCGGAAGUCAUAAGACGAGGGAAACAAAUUGAUAUGAGUGAUAUUUACGCUGAUCCUCUUGUUGCUUUCGGUGAUAAACAUUUCAUAUUUUUCAAAAUUCUCCUUUGUUUUACAAUACCAAUUCUUAUACCUGUUUAUUUUUGGAAUGAAACCUUGUUAUGGUCAAUAGCAGGACUAUUAGUUCGUUACGUAUUUAGUUUGAAUAUCACAUGGAGUGUCAAUAGCGCUGCUCAUUUAUGGGGUUAUAAACCUUACGACAAAUCAAUAGCACCAGUGGAAAAUAAAUUUGUUGCUCAUUUAGCAUUGGGUGAGGGCUGGCAUAAUUAUCAUCAUGUAUUUCCAUACGAUUAUAAAUGCGCAGAAUUAGGAAACUAUAGUCUUAAUUGGUCAACAUUUGUACUUGAUAUGUUUGCAAAAAUUGGUUGGGCAUAUGAUUUAAAACAACCGUCUAAAGAAUUAAUAAAAGCAGUGAUAGAGAAAAAGGGAAAUGCCAACUUAUGUUAUAAUAACAAUGCAAAACUAAAAUAACAUCUAAUUGAUAAAAAAAAAUAUAUUUUAUCACUCUCAUAACAUUUACUUAUUUUUAUGUUAAAAAGCAAUAAAAAUAAUUGAUUUUAUAAAUUUUGUUAGGCAUUGAAAUAAAUAAAACGAUUUUAAUUUUCGGUCGAAGAGAAAAA